GUCGGCAAAAUGAACUUCCUAAUUGGAAAAUAGAAACCACAUAGUACUACGUCAAAUUUUCUCAAUAAAUUUAUUUUAGGGAGAAAAUAUAGUUAUAUAAUUUACACGUCAUCCUCUUCGUCAGUCUUCGAUUUCGCCUAAAAAUCACCCUAACAAAAACAAACGAAGGAUUCUGCGAAACUUGGGAAGAGAAGGAAAAAAAAAAAAAGAUUAUGAGCUUUCUUGCAGGAAGGUUAGCUAGCACAGAAGGUGCAUAUUUCUUGCAGGAAUCAAAGCAAGCCGUGACCAAAAUCGUUGAGAAAACAAAGCCAAAGCUUCCUCCUUUAUCAUCAUCAAAUGCAAUUCAGAAUGAAGUUGCCGCCUCCUCAUCAUCAUCAUCAUCAGCUGAUGUUCUUCCUGAGGUUUUAAAGCAUUCUCUGCCUCCUAAGAUCUUUCAGUCUUCAUCAAUUCCCAAUAAUUCAUCAUCUUUCACCACAUCAUCCAAAUGGGUUCUUCACACUGAUCCUACCAAGACCAAUUUUGUGUCCUCUGAUGCUCUCAAUCCUCUCAGAGCCUAUGUUUCUCUUCCCCAAGUCACCUUAGGUCCCAAAAGGUGGCAGCUACCCAAUUCACAGCAUGGCGUUUUAGCUUCAACAGCAAAUGAGCUACGCCAAGACAAAUAUACACCUGUUAAUCCAGAAAAGUUAAAGGCUGCUGCUGCUGGGAUAUCUCAGAUUGGGAAAGCUUUUUUCGCUGCUACUGUUCUAGUAUUUGGUGGUGGAAUCUUGUCUUUCGAGCUAGCAGCUUCCAAGCUUGAGCUACAUAGUGGUGAUGACCUUCGAGCCAAAGGACACAGCUUUGUUCAACCAAGGUUUGAAAUGGUUAGGGAGAAACUCACUCCCGUCAGAACCUGGGCUGAAGGGACAUCAAAGAAAUGGCAAAUCGAGAAGGAUAACGAAAAAGUUAAAGAGAAGCCUCUGAUCAGGGAGCUUUCUAAAGCAUUCGGUGUUAAGACAAAUUGAUUUCUCAUUCAGUCAUCAUCUCUGAUGAGUUUUCUCUUUCAGUGGAGUACUUUAGUUGAGUUUAUGAACCGAUGUUGCAUUUAAGAUAGUAAAUAUGAUUGGGAAGACAUUGAACUGUGAAUUGUCAAACAGGGCUAUUGCACUUUUGUGUUUUACCUUUGUUGUAGUCAUUUUGUAUGAUGUAUCUAAAGUAUUACUCAACUCUUACAUGUUCCAUGUAUAAAAUUGCAAAAAUGCUUCGUGCAUGAUCUUUUGUUGAAAAAUAGAGGCCAUUAAUUUGUAAUGUUAUACUCAACUUCUCAUUUCACUCAAGAAUGUUUAUCGACAAUUUCUUGUGUUAUUUUCCGCCAUUUUUUGAGUAAUAAUAUUUUUUCAUUUAUCAUAUUAUGAAUUCAAAUUCUUAUCUUGGUUUAUUUCUCAAUACAAUAAUACAGU